UCUCAUUUCGCCUAAACCCUAGCCGUCCACACCCCACCACCACCGCCGUCGCCUCCACCCCGCCGCCGCGGGAGAAACCACAGGUAAGGGCAAGCGCGCCGCCGCUGCGGCCGCCGGCGAAGAUGCAGAUCUUCGUGAAGACCCUGACGGGGAAGACGAUCACGCUGGAGGUGGAGUCCUCGGACACCAUCGACAACGUGAAGGCGAAGAUCCAGGACAAGGAGGGGAUCCCGCCCGACCAGCAGCGGCUCAUCUUCGCCGGCAAGCAGCUGGAGGACGGGCGCACCCUCGCCGACUACAACAUCCAGAAGGAGUCGACCCUCCACCUGGUGCUCCGCCUCCGCGGCGGCGCCAAGAAGCGCAAGAAGAAGACGUACACCAAGCCCAAGAAGCAGAAGCACAAGCACAAGAAGGUGAAGCUCGCCGUGCUCCAGUUCUACAAGGUGGACGACGCCACCGGCAAGGUCACCCGCCUCCGCAAGGAGUGCCCCAACGCCGAGUGCGGCGCCGGCACCUUCAUGGCCAACCACUUCGACCGCCACUACUGCGGUAAGUGCGGCCUCACCUACGUCUACAACCAGCAGGCUUAGGCGUAGGCUCCUGUUCUUUGGGGGCGGAAGUAAGGAAGGAGGAGGAAAUCGAACUGGUUAUUAGAUGAUAAUUAAUCCUUUUUUGUCAUGUCGUAUUAAACUAGUCUCCUUGGAACUGAACACCUUAGCAUCACCUCUGUGAAGAUUGUGAUGCCCUACUUUUGGUUUUGAAAUCAUGUUAUGUACUACUGUCGAAUUAUGUUUGGGUUAAUCAUCUUUUUAUCCGUUGGCGUGGUCUUGGUUA